AUGACCUUCUUCACACCAUGGGUACAUGGUAUACAAUGGUUUUUUGACUAUCAGUAUGUUCCUGAAAACCCUGAUUUUGGGAUUCAAAAAGCUAAGUGUCAAGCUAGGUUAGCUGCAGCUAAAACACCUGAGGAGUAUAAACUGAUCUGUGAAGAAAUGUUCCAAUUACUCUCUACCAGUUCAGAUCCACAGGUAAAACCUUCAUCCAGUAAAAUUCACGCAGCGUCUUCAAGUCAAUCAUCGACCAAGACAGCUCAUAAAAGUAAAGGUAAAACAUCAUCAUCAUCUUCAUCGGAUACUUCCAGCUCAUCCUCUGAAGAUAGUGAUGAGGCACUUUCAGUCAUAAAAAUCAAAACUCAUUAUGAUCUAGAGCUUCACCAAUGGAAUAUUAAAAGGCAGCCUUUUCUAAUUGGUGACUUUAGAGGAGUGAAGAAAACACUGCUGGAUUGGUGUAUUUUAUAUGAAGCGUGUAGUGGGAGCAAGUCUCAUUAUGUUGAGUCUAUUAUGUUAGUCCUAUAUGUUGAUGACAUUCUUCUUGCUGCGAAUGAUGUUGGGUUGUUGCAUGAUGUAAAGGAUUUUCUCUCUAAGAACUUUGACAUGAAAGAUAUGGGAGAGGCAUCAUUUGUGAUUCGAAUAGAAAUAUUCCGUGAUAGAUCACAAGGACUGUUAGGAUCGUCUUAA